AUGGCUUUUAAAUCUAAUUCUCUUUCUUUUGCAACUCUUUCGACGAUAGUAAUUGCUUCGACCUUCUGUCAUGUUUCCGAAGCAAAUGAUAAACGUAUAUCGAAAACUCUAUCUUCGUCUUUGGCAAAUGGUGGUUGGCAGUCGAUACAAAAUACUAAGGAUCCUAAAGUGAUGGACAUCGCAAAAUUUGCAGUAACUGAAGAAAACAAGCGAAUAAAAAAUGUUGAACUGAAAUUCGCGAGCGUAUCAGAUGGAAGAUUUAAAGUUGAUAAUUAUAAAAUUACUUUUCAACUUACAAUUGUUGCUAUGGAAUUUACUAUUAAAGCAAAUGAAUAUGAAGCUGUUGUUACAGUAAGUUUAAAGAAUAAUGUUAGAGAACUAAUUUCAUUUGUAAGCAUUUAG